UUGAUGGAUUCCUUUUUUUAUUUUGGGCCUGGUAGUGUAUCGCCCCAAAGCCCAUAGUAGAUUCUCGUAUCUAAGGGUUUUGACCUCGUUAAACCUUAGAACGGAGGAGAAGCACAGAGACUCUCUCCGUUUCUCUCAGAUUUGUUUUGGUUUUCUGUUUGAAUUCAGAGUAAUCAAUUGCUUUGGCUUUUCAUUUUGUAAGUGCGGAACGUUUGAGAGAUCUUGAAUUUUAGGGUUCAGAAUGGGGUCAAGGAAGCGGUCGAGAAAAACAAGACACAUGAUAGCGAUUUGGAAGACUUUGAUGAUAUGGAAAAUGAUAAUCUAAUGAUGGAAGAAGAAAUAAAUGAUGAUGAUGAUGACGACGAUGGAGGAAGAAGACGGAGAAUCAGAGGAAGAUUUAGAGAAUGAUAAAGAUGCUGAAAUGGAAGACUAUGAGAAUCUUCGUAAUCAAGAGCUGUAAUAAUAGGCUUUUCUCUUUCUGAUUGUAUGUAUCUAUGUCUCUCAAUUUAAAUAGAUUUGAUAAUUAGAUGCACAAGGACAGACACAUGAUCAUGGACAUGGUUACUGAUCCUUCGGGAAUAUAUUGAAGAAUCUCCAACGCCAUAAGGACGAAGAUCUUCUUAAAGGUCAAGCAGUGAAGAACCAAAAGGUGCAAACGAUGAUAAACUGAUGUUUCAAUCUUGCUUAAACGCUCUGUGGGACAAAACUCUUUGAGUUUUGAUUCUUGCUUCAAAAAGCAUUCAGAUUUGAUUACCUGAUCCAAAAAAAGCUUUGGAAUCGCAACUGGGAUUACAGGAGGUACUAUGGCUAUCAUGAGCGUCUCCCUGUGCUGCCUAAUCCAGUUCAAUUUGUUCUAUCUGCUUUUUCAGGCUUUGCUCGAGAAGAAUCCAUCAAUUUCUCAAUCCUUCAACGGUAAUUCUGCAAAGAAGCAUUCCAAAGAUUCUAAGAAUUCAGAUGCGGAAACUGAGGAAGAGUGGUCGCAUAUUUCUCAAAUUCAUAGAAGAACAGCUUCUUUCAGAGACAAAUCAAUUGAUAAAUGGCAGAGGAAAACAUGGGUGAUAACUGGUGCUGCUGCUAUGAAAAGCAAAUUGCAAGCUUUUAACCAGGAUAUUAGUGAACAAGUUGAUUCAUAUAUAUGGGAUCCUAGUAGAAUGACAAAGCAAAUGCAGCUAAGCAGAUUAACUGUUGGUGUAUUUGGAACUCUUGAGCAAAUUCUUGAGCAGCCAGGAAAUAGCAACUGAGAGGUAAUCCAGCCAUAAGACUUGGUUAAAAAACUCAAGAAAAACUCAUCUAAUUUCACCUAGUUUAGGCGUCCUUUAGGGUCAUGAUCUGAAUUACCCUAAAGGUCAUGAUCUGAAUUUGAGCUUAAAUCUACUGUGGGAUCAGGGUGGUGUCCGUAUUGUAUCUUCAGAUUUGAUGUCCGUUGAAUUCUUUUCUUCUAACAUGCAUGUGUGUGCUCAUAUAUAGUGCUUUGCAGAUGGAGUAUCUAUAUGGAAAAAAUAUAUUGCAACUUUUGUGCACAUGAUCUCUAUGAAUUUAACAAGACUUAAGCCAUUUAACCUCCUGAUUAGGAAGCAAACCCUGAUGGACACCCUGAACUCCUCGAUGAUUAUGAAUUUUAUCAACAGUUACUGAAGAAAUAUUUUGAGACGAUUGCCCCCUCAUCUUCUGGUUAGCCUCUUAUCCCACUUUAUAUUUUUGUUUGUGCGUACUGGGUCAUCUGACCUAAUAUAUGUGGCUAGGGUCCAUGGACAAUUUAAGUUUUAUAAUCAGCAAUUUUAAGGAUGCCGAUGAGGAUUUGUGAUGGCUACAGGGGACUUCAUUUGAAUUUGCAUCUUGAAUUUUCUUGGAUUAAUUGCUAGGCCUACCAUUUUUUUUUGAUUCUACCUUAUCUCUUGUCCUCAUAGACGGCCUUUUAUGCUUUGAAAAAAUUGCGAACUAAGAAGAGAAAGAUUGUUGAUCAGCGUGCCUACAAGAGUUGCAAGAUCAAGUGUGUAUAUACAUAUAUAGUCACUAUCUUGUUUAUUUUGUUCAUCAUUUAAACCUACUUUAUUUGAUUGAUUAUCAUCCUUUUAUCUUAAAAUUAAUGAUCUUGCAGGUGUAAUAAUGUCCAUGAGAAGAUAGUCAACUUCAUGGCUCCACGGCCCGUGGACAUUAAGUUAUUUGAAGAUUUGUUUGGACUUAAGACACAGCAGCUAACUUCUGCAGUUUUAUUAUGUAGCAGCUACUUAGUUUUAUAGCAACUAAUGAUAUUAGAGAUUCAACCGGGUUAAGAUUCAACCGGGUUAAGAUUCGAAGAAUAUCAACCUUUUUUAAAAUUUUCGCCUAACAAAUUUAAACAGUGCUUCUACUUGAGGCCCAGGGAUCACUCAGAUUAGGAAUGAAUUGGUACAAUCAUGUGGUCGUUUGAGAGUAACAUUUUCGGCACUGGAUAAUGAACAUAUGCAUUGUCCGGAGCAACUUUAAUCAAUUUUGGCAUUUAUCAUUA